UUUUCCUAAGAAGAGAAGACAAAACUCACAGUUGAAGUUUCCUGGUUAGGAGAGGGAGGUGCUGGCGAGCCUCGGCUAGCAGCUCCUCUCGUCCUCACCACCUCGUGCUCUGACCAAACUUAGUCAACGGAUUCGUUAUAUGGAACCAGUCAUUGAGAAUCUGAGCUUUUCACAGUUCCGCACCCUUCAUCUUCUCCUAUAAAUGCAUCUCGAUCCCUUCUCAGGUUCAGGUAGGAGCUUACAAUUUAUAUCUAUGUCACCUGCAAUGAGUCAGAGAGAAGAUGAUCCAAUAUUGGAGUGUCGAUUCCAGAAAGGAGUCAAACAUCUGUGUGAAAGUGGGAUUACAAGCCUUCCUAGUAGGUAUAUUUUGCCUGUUUCAGAGCGACCCAAUCUGAGAGGGGGAGGGAUGAAUGUCAGCGACCUAAAUUUUAAGCUGCCCAUCAUCGAUUUCGCUCAAUUGCAAGGUCCCCAGAGGCCACAAGUUCUAAACAAGCUGUCAAAAGCUUGUGAAGAAUAUGGGUUCUUUCAGGUAACCAACCAUGGCAUUCCUGGGGAUGUUAUACAGAGUAUGAUCGAUGUGAGCAAGCGAUUCUUUGAUCUCCCCUUCGAGGAGAGAUCUAAGUACAUGUCGACUGAUAUGCGUGCGCCUGUUCGAUAUGGAACCAGCUUUAACCAGAAGAAAGAUGGUGUAUUUUGCUGGCGAGACUUCUUGAAGCUAGUCUGUCAUCCACCCUCUGAUGUCCUUCCUUAUUGGCCUACUUCUCCUGCAGACUUAAGGGAAGCAGCAGUUACUUACUCCCAGCAAGCCAAAUUCCUGUACAUGAAGCUGGUGGAAGCCGUGCUAGAGAGCCUAGGACUACUGGUGGGAACCACCAUGCACGCAGACGAAGAAAAUGCAGACAAUGCCGCCUUGAAAGAGUUCGAAGAUGGGAGCCAGCUCAUGGUGGUCAACUGCUACCCAUCCUGUCCCCAGCCAGAUCUUACUCUCGGCAUGCCACCGCAUUCCGACUAUGGCUUCCUAACACUCCUCCUCCAGGACGAGGUGGAGGGCCUUCAGAUACAGAACUGUCAAGGAAAAUGGCUGAACGUCGAGCCUCUUCCCAACUCUCUCGUCGUCAACGUCGGCGAUCAUCUCGAGAUAUUCAGCAAUGGGAGGUAUAAGAGCGUGCUCCAUAGAGUUCUGGUGAACUCUUCAAAGUCUCGGAUAUCGGUUGCUUCUCUGCACAGCUUUCCCUUUGAUAGGGUGGUUCGUCCAUCACCCAAGCUGGUCAAUGAAGCCAAUCCAAGGCGUUACAAGGACACUGACUUCGCCACAUUCCUUGCAUACGUAUCGUCUUGUGAGCCAAAGCGGAAGAAUUUCCUAGAAUCUAGGAAGUUGCCCUAGGUUUUUGAUAAAUGGAAACCCAGAAUUCAAAAUUAAGGUUGAUCCACGUAGCUAGCGAGCUUGACUUUCGUACCAUCAAAAAUCUAGCAAAGGGUUUAUUGAAAUGUGAAGAAAACCCAGAUCAGAUAGAUCUCUGAGAGUAGGAGCCAAUUAAGGAUAGCUCUCAUCACAGCUAUUAUUUAUUUUCUUCUUUAGUCCUGUUUUCCUUGUUAAGUUAAAAUACCUGUAUCAAUUAAAUGGUGCCUGAAUUAAUGCUUAACUUGAUAUAUAAUUAUCAAGUAGUUGUAGUUCUAAUUAUAUUGAUUAAUGCCUCA